AGGGCUGCGAGUUCAAGAUGGCGGCCAUGGAGCCAGAGGAGGCUCCCUGUCUGCAGAAGUUUCUGAUGGACUCCUCCGCCAAGGACGUCGCCUUGAACUGGCUGCAAGCAACCGAUCUUACCAGAGAUGUAUACCAGCAUCUUGCCUAUUAUGUACCAAAGAUUUAUUGUAGAGGCCCCAACCCUAAUCCACUCAGAGAAGAAAUGCUUGCUCAACACAUUCUGCUGGGGCCUAUGGAAUGGUAUCUAUGCGGAGAGGAUCCUGCAGUGGGAAUCAACAAACUUGAAAAAGCCAACAAAACAUCGCAUCUCUGUGGGCGUGUCUUCAAAAUUGGAGAACCUACCUACUCUUGCAGGGAUUGUGCAGUUGACCCAACCUGUGUGUUGUGCAUGGAAUGCUUUUUGGCCAGUGUGCACAGAGAACAUCGAUACAGGAUGACUACAUCUGGUGGAGGUGGUUUCUGUGACUGUGGAGAUACUGAAGCUUGGAAGCAAGGCCCUUAUUGUCAGAAACAUGAACCAACUGCUUUGGAGGCUAUGGAGGAGGAUCCAUUGGCACAUUUGUCUGAGGACAUGAUUGGACGAACGUAUAACAUUUUUGCCAUUGCAUUCAAAUAUGCUGUAGAUAUCCUUACCUGGGUGAAGGAAGAUGAGCUUCCUCUUGGGUUAGAGCUCCCGGAAAAAGAGGAUGCUUACUUCUGCAUGCUGUUUAAUGAUGAAGUCCACACUUACGAACAAGUGAUUUACACCUUACAAAAGGCUGUGAACUGUACACAGAAAGAAGCUGUUAGUUUUGCAACCACUGUGGACAGAGACGGUCGUAGAUCAGUUCGAUAUGGUGACUUUCAGUUUUGUGAGCAGGCAAAAACUGUAAUAGUGAGAAAUACCAGUCGACAAACCAAACCAUUGAAGGUGCAAGUAAUGCAUUCAUCAGUCGUUGCACAUCAGAGCUUUGGCAUAAAGCUGCUAGUUUGGCUUAGCCAUGUGAUUGGCUAUUCAGGUGGAUUAAGGCGGAUACUAUGUCAAGUGGGGUUACAACAAGGACCAAAUGAAGAAAAUUCCUCUCUUGUUGAUAAACUGAUGCUUUGUGACUCAAAAUUGUGGAAAGGAGCCAGAAACAUCUAUCAUCAGUUGUUCAUGAGCAGCCUUCUCAUGGAUCUGAAAUAUAAGAAACUGUUUGCGGUCCGUUUUGCAAAGAACUAUGAGAGGUUGCAGACUGAAUAUGUGAAUGAUGACCACGACAGGGAAUUCUCGGUUACUGAUCUUUCAGUGCAAAUUUUCACAGUACCUUCCCUGGCUCGCAUGUUGAUAACUGAUGAAAAUCUCAUGACAACUAUAAUCCAGACCUUCAUGGAUCACUUGAUGAGACAGAGGGAUUCUCACGUCAGGUUUCAGUUCGAGAGGUAUACAGCGAUACAGGCCUUCAAAUUCAGAAGAGUUCAAAGCCUCAUUGGAGAUCUGAAGUAUGUGUUAGUGAGCAAGCCCACAGAGUGGACAGACAGACUAAGGGAGAAGUUUCUGGAAGGUUUUGAGGUCUUUUUGGAGCUGUUAAAACGUAUGCAGGGAAUGGAUCCAGUAACAAGGCAAGUAGGUCAACACAUAGAGAUGGAACCAGAAUGGGAAGCUGCAUUCACUUUACAGAUGAAACUUACACACACAAUUUCUAUGAUGCAGGAAUGGUGUGCCUCAGAUGAAAAGGUUCUUAUCGAGGCCUACAGAAAAUGUUUAAUUGUUCUGCUUCAGUGCCAGAAUGGGCUGUCAGAUGGUGAACAACCUAUCACUUUGAGUAUGUGUGGGCAUUCACUGGAUACUGUACAGUAUCGGGUAUCUCAACAUCAAGUCAGUAUCCAUAUGCCAGUUUCUCGAUUAUUUGCAGGUCUGCAUGUGCUUUUAAGCAAAACAGAAGUAGCUUACAAGUUUCCAGAGUUAUUGCCCCUCAGUGAGCUGAGCCCACCCAUGUUAAUAGAGCAUCCUCUACGUUGCAUGGUGCUUUGUGCCCAAGUACAUGCUGGGAUGUGGAGGAGGAAUGGGUUUUCACUUGUAAAUCAGAUAUACUAUUACCACAAUGUGAAAUGCAGAGUGGAAAUGUAUGAUAAAGACUUAGUAAUGCUUCAGGCAGGAGCAUCUAUGAUGGAUCCAAACCAUUUCCUCAUGAUCAUCCUUUGUCGAUUUGAACUUUACCAAAUAUUUAAUACCCCUGACUAUGGCAAGAGGUUCAGCGCUGAACACACCAACAAGGAUGUUCUACAGCAAAACAAUACUCUUAUAGAGGAAAUGCUUCACCUGAUCAUGAUGAUUGUGGGAGAACGAUAUAUUGCUGGCGUGGGGCAGGUGUCCACCGAGGAUGAAAUAAAACGUGAAAUUAUUCAUCAGCUUUGUAUAAGACCAAUGGCACACAGUGAGCUUGUCAAAGCGUUGCCUGAAGAUGAAAACAAGGAAACUGGAAUGGAAAGGGUUAUUGAGUCUGUCGCGUCUUUCAAGAAACCAGGUUUAACAGGAAGAGGUCUUUAUGAAUUAAAACCUGAAAGCGCUAAGGAAUUUAACCUUUUCUUCUAUCAUUAUUCCAGAGCAGAUCAAUCUAAGGCUGAGGAGGCUCAAAGAAAAUUAAGGAAGCAGAAUGGGGAAGACACGGCUCUCCCACCCCCUGUCUUUCCUCCCUUUUGUCCCUUGUUUGCCAGUCUCGUCAAUAUCCUCCAGUCAGAUGUUUUUCUGUACAUCCUGGGAACCGUAUUGCACUGGGCUGUGGAACCAAAUGAACAUGCGUGGACAGAGAGCAUGUUACAGAGGGUUUUGCACCUCAUCGGCAUGGCUUUACUAGAAGAGAAACAACAGCUGGAGAGUGCAAGUGAUGACAGUGAUUUUACUUUCAACUUCACAUCAAAAGUUUCACGUCCUGGGGAUGCUCCUGAAAAUAUGCCUAGUAUUUUAGCAAUGCUGGAAACAUUGCAAAAUGCUCCUCACUUAGAGGUCCACAAGGAUAUGAUCAAAUGGAUACUCAAGCUCUUUGGAGUUAUUAAAAAGAUGAGAGAAAGAAGCAAUUCAAGUCCUGUUGUUGAGUAUGAAGGCUACAGCACGGAGGAGUGCUUGCGAGAUAAAGACAAAGCCGAGCGGAAGAGGAAGGCUGAAAUUGCAAGGCUACGUCGAGAGAAGAUAAUGGCCCAGAUGUCAGAAAUGCAGAAGCAUUUCAUAGAUGAAAAUAGGGAGCUGUUUCAACAGACAUUAGAAGAACUGGAAGCUUCAUCAUCUACAGCACAAGACAACAGCCCCACAGUUCCUGAUACAGCACUGACUGCGUUAGGUCCCAAACAAACCAGAGUCUUUGAAAAGAAGCAAGUUGUUACUUGCAUUUUGUGUCAGGAGGAACAGGAGAUUAAAAUGAACAACAAAGCAAUGGUCUUGGCAGCCUUUGUUCAAAGGUCAACCGUUAUGUCCAAGAACAGAAUGAGAACUAUUCAGGAUCCUGAAAACUAUGAUCCAUUGUUUAUGCACCCAGAUUUAGCCUGUGGCACCCACACAGGUAGCUGUGGACACAUCAUGCAUGCCCAUUGCUGGCAGAGCUACUUUGAUGCUGUUCAAGCAAAAGAGCAGCGAAGGCAGCAAAGACUCAGGGUGCACACAAGCUACGAUGUGGAGAAUGGAGAAUUUCUCUGUCCUCUAUGUGAAUGUCUAAGCAAUACUGUUAUUCCUUUACUUCCUUCAUCUCGGAGCCCAUUCAACAGUGAUCAUUCAAGAGCUUUUUCAGAAGUUCCCAUUCUUUCUCAGUGGCUAAAAUGUGUGUUGCAGCAGAUCAGUGUAUUGAAGAAACAUCAGGAAAAGACUGAUCCUGAAGGCCCUUCCAGCAGAAAUCUGGAAGGUGUACAGGAAGUUGAAGUCCAUGAUGGAUUAAGACCUGAUGCAAAAUCAAAGAAUCCUUACUCUGAUAGUAUCAAAGAGAUGUUGACUACCUUUGCUACAGCAACAUACAAAGUAGGGCUGAAGGUUCAUCCUAAUGAGCAAGACCCAAGAGUGCCUAUAAUGUGCUGGGGGAGCUGUGCAUACACAAUACAAGCAAUAGAACGUCUCUUAGCAGAUGAAGAAAAGCCUUUAUUUGGGCAUUUACCAUGCAGGCAGGAUGACUGUCUAAAGGCAUUAACCAGAUUUGCUGCUGCACACAGGACUGUGAGUUCUUUGCCUGUGGUGGAGAAACAUUUUGCAAGACUGCUAGCAGUUCUAGUACCUGAUGAAAAGGCUGAGACUCCUCCAUCCAUUCUUGAUGUGGAUAUGUUCCAUUUAUUGGUAAGCCUGGUACUGGCUUUCCCAGCUCUGCAUUGUCAUGACUUCACAGGAGUCAGCUUAGCUGUUGGGGACUUUCACCUCUUCCACCUAGUUACCAUGGCACACAUUGUACAGAUUCUGCUUACAUCUUCAACAGAAGAAAAUAACAUGGAGCAGGAGAGUGUUGAUGGAGAUGAGGAGAUUUCUGUUUUGGCGUUAUACAACCAACUUAGGCAACACUCUGGAAGUGCCUUGAAUGUAAUAUCCUCAGGUUGGCAUCUGUGGCGAUGUGUGAAGGCUGGAAUAAAACCCUAUCUUCGAUGUUCUGCUUUGCUAUUUCACUAUCUGAAUGGUGUCCCAGUACCAGUAGAAUUACAAGAGCUUGGAGCAGAUGACUUUGAACUAUUGUGUAGCUACCUUUCUCUACCAGCAAACCUAAUGAGCCUUUUCCAAUCUGACAGCAAUAUAAUUGAUCCAUUGAUACAAAGAUGGUGUGGAGUUGUAGAAGUGCAGAAGUUUGUGAAGGGAGAGAGAGCUGCUAUAAGCUAUCCCAGGGAGUCAAACAAAUUGAUAGAUCUUCCUGAUGAUUACAGCUGCCUCAUAAACCGGGCGUCUUGUUUUACAUGUCCAAAAUCAGGUGGGGAUAAAAGCAGAGCUCCAACUCUUUGCUUGGUGUGUGGUGCAAUGCUGUGUUCCCAGAGCUACUGCUGUCAGACAGAGCUGGAAGGAGAAGAUGUUGGGGCUUGCACUGCUCAUACCUACAAUUGUGGUUGUGGAGUUGGAAUAUUUCUGAGAGUUCGAGAAAGUCAGGUGCUGUUCUUGGCAGGGAAGACGAAAGGGUGUUUUUAUCCACCACCCUACCUUGAUGAUUAUGGAGAGACUGAUCAAGGCCUGAGACGAGGGAACCCCCUUCAUCUCUGCAAAGAACGUUACAGGAAGCUGCAGAAGCUGUGGCAGCAGCACAGCAUUACAGAGGAAAUUGGCCAUGCACAGGAAGCAAAUCAGACGCUAGUUGGCAUUGACUGGCAGCACUUGUGAUAGUUUUCGACAGAGAAUCUGUGAACCGUUUGCACAUCUGAAGCAAAAACAAAAUCCUCUUAAGGGAAGUCAGAGGAUUGGUUUGAACACACCUCAGGCAACCACUUGGAAACACACAGAAGCACUUGCUUCUAAAUUUCAGUAAUUUAACAUCUGUGUAUAACUGUUCACCUGUCAUUAAACUGUGAAUGCAUGUGAAGUGCAUAUUCUAAAGAGAUGUCAUUAGCUUUAUUUGCACUUGAAGUCUUCUCCACAAAGAUGGAACCUUUUGGGAUAAUAAAUUCCACAUCUUUGAAG